UUUAUGUGAAUAAGGAAAAGCGUUUUUAAAGGCCUUGGUAGAUUGGACUAAAGUUGAAGUUCGCUGUAAAUAAUUGAACUUAUUGUUAUGUGUGGGCUUUUUAAAAUUAAUUUAAUAUUAAUUAAAAUUAAUAUUAAUUUUUAUUGAGCAACUUGCCAGGCUAGGAUUGGUAGCACUUAGUUUAUUCUUAGAAGAGGAUAGUUGUUGAGUUGUUCAACAUUACACUGAAUAUCUCAUAAAUGAAACAACUUAUUGCUUAUUCUUAUUACUAAAUUAUGACGUCAACAACUGAUUUGGAAGAAGAAAAAAGUUUUGUGGUUGAUUGCUUUUUGCACCUAAGCAGAUUUUCUCAUGAUAAACUUAAAGAAUUAACUCUUAAAGAAAAGGAAAAAGAAAGAUCAAAAUAUCAUGCAAACUUGCUAUGGAGUUCAUUUUUGAACUUGUUACUAACUUUUAAUGACUUGGAGAAAACCUUCUACUCAUUGGUUUUUCUCGGUUCUGCCAAUUUUGGGGCUCGUCUGCUGCUUGGCAAACGAGAUGAUACACUAAAUGCUCGAUAUCGCUGCUUACUGUCUGAACUUCGCAAGAUUGAGUUUGCCCAUAAAGGUUCAAUCUCCCCGCCCGACCCUAACAAGACGGUUUCAUUUUCAGGCAAAUCCCAGUCGGACCCAUCAUUUUGUGUCGAUGCAGAUGUUUUGAAAAAAUGUACAACCUUAGAGCAACUUGCCGGCAUUGUUUGUGAACAGCUUCAGCAUUUUGUACUUGCAAGGAUGAACACUAUAUCAUUUUAUGAACAGAUGCCAGCGCUGAACAACAACAAAAAUGUCAGUGUUGAUGAUUUGUUGAAGACGAUCUCAACAACAUUAGAAGAACUUCUGUCAAAAGUCAAUCAUCCUGUUGUUGAGAAACUUAGAUCCACAUACAAGAUGGAGUGUGAAACAGUGGUGAAUCUGUUGAAGACACAACUCAACCUUCAGAAAUGCCAGUACUUGGAUUCGUUGCUGAGUUUGCAGAGUGCCAGCCACAACCUCAACACGUGGUCCAACAUGCUCACUCCCAGAGAGGCAAGGAGAUCAACAUUUGGAUCGAAUGUUCAAAAGCCAGCAUCUUCUGAGCUGUUUGACUGGUUGAACAGAUUCAAAAAUCUCCUGCUCUCAAAAUUUACUCUCUACUUCUUUGAAGUUCUCAGUCAACAAAGUGGAAGCCCUAGUGAAGUUAAGACGUUCCUAGCCAAAACCUUUUUUGAUUUCUAUAACAGAAUCAUAGCCUUUACGAAAAGAUCAGAUGCAUGUUCCAUAUUGUUGAUCUCAUCAGGACAGUUGGAGCAGGUGCUUGCCUGCAAGAAACUCGGCUACAACUUGCCAUGCAAAAGUAUCAUCAUCCCCUACGACGCUGAUAAAAAUGUUGACAAAGUUGGACAGAAUGUUGGGAUCAAAUCGCCAGAACAACCAGUUGUCGUCUCUCAAGUUAUGUUGAAAUCAUCCUCUGCUGCCGACUUUCACAGAAAUAACAUUGUGCUGUUUGCCUACCCUCAUGACAAAUCAGCGGAGAGACACUACUGCCACAUCAACAACAUGCUGAACACGAGGAAACAGGACCUGGACCAACAGGAUAGGAUCAUUUACGCCAUUGAUGUCAAACAGCAAUGCACAAGUGUCAUGACCAAGGUCGAAGGUUCCAUCUACUUGGUCGUCCUGUUGAACAGAAAGUACAUGAAACCAGAUACCCACAUAACAAAUUUCUGUACGUCGCUCUGCACCGACUUGAGAUGCAGCAAACAUUUUACCGGUAUCAAAUCGGGCGCUAAAUAAAUUCAUUACUGAACGGUUGUUCUUCUGUGGUGCUGAAAAAAGUAGUUGAGCUACGGCUGAUCAGUUUUAUAUUUGCAUGUGCAAAAGUACGCAUGUACGUUUUAUAUGUAUGUUUGUUCCGUACACCGCAACAACAUGUCAAUAUGUGUGUAUAAUACCAUUCGUCGGACCAAUAAAUGAUUACGUAAAAUAAAUUGUUUAUUUUGAUUUAGGAAUGUGGCGGCAAAUAAAAUGUGAGGGGCCAAA